AUGUCUCAGACCGAUUCCGAUUUUGCAUCUAUCAAAAAAUCCGCGAUGCAGUACUCUGAUGCCUGGUUCAACGCAGUUAUCAUCGAGUCCCUAACCCACGGCAUGUACACGGCAUUAUUUGCCGUCGUCCUGUGGCGAAUUCUGUCAAGCACAACUAUCAAUACGCGGCAGGUUAGGAUUCUUGCUGGGAUCUCAGUGUUCAUGUACAUCAUGGCGAUAAUGCACAUUGCCUUGAUAUGGUUCUAUAAUAGAUGGGCAUUCAUAACGAAAGGAGAGACAGAAGAAACGAGGUACUUCGCCUUCACGAACCAUAUGGCUGCUGGCUACCCUGCGUGGGCCCUGAUGAUCGGCGAUAUCGCGGCAGGCAUCAAUAUAUUGGUUGCGGAUUGUGUUAUUAUUUGGAGGUGCUGGAUUAUCUGGGAAAGGAACUGGAGAAUCAUUGUCCUUCCUUGCAUAUGCACAUUAUGCGGAAUGACCUUUGGGAUUUUAGGUGUCCUUCAGAAGCUGGCACCUUCGAACAGUUCGCAGAAAAAUCUUUCAAAGGAAGACUGGGUAAUGGCAUAUUACGUUAUGUCACUGCCCACAACAGCGAUGUGUACCGCCCUCAUCGUGUACCGGCUGACUAAGGUCAGCAAGACUAGGAAUUCCCCGCACUUCACCCCAAACCCAUAUCACCACGUCAUAGAGAUGGUCAUAGAAUCCUCCGGAUUGUAUGUUGUCGUCCUGGCCAUCUUCAUCGUGUUCGAAGCGACGAAUAAUCCUUAUGGCAGGUAUCCAGCAGCAGUACUUCAGUCGGUUAUUGGAGUCACGCCGGCGUUGAUACUCCUUCGUGUUGUGUCCGGGAACACCACGAGAUGGCAAAUGGAGUGCAGUGAAACGAGUGUGGAUGAUAACGAUGUGAUGAUCAUUGGUCCACAAAAGACAGUUGAAGUAGCAUGAACUUCACACGAUUGUCAUCCUGGAGAAGAGAGUUAUUUAUUUAAAUAAUCGGAAAGGUGGAAAUAAUAGUCGAUACCUUGUCGUUUCCAUAUCCACAGAAAUAGCCUAGUUCUCUGAAGAUAUGUUUCUGUACCAUAUAUAGAUGAGCAC